AUGAGCCAUUCUACUACGCACCAGGGACUUUCCCCAUCUUCAGCACCUCCAGUCGUUCCGUUUACUUCACAAGAAGCUGUCUUGAUGAGGAAUUUCAUCGAAAACAUGGCGUCGUGGGCGGACGCGACCGACAUGAGGCGCCAUUUUGAGAUUGAAGUGCCGCGCCGAGCUCUUUGUUUUCCAGUUCUUCGUUACGCAGUUUGCGCCUUCUCAUCUCGACAUCUAAAUCGAAGUAUGCCGGAUACAACUACGGAAUCACUCGAGUACUAUGACAAAUGCCUGGAGCUGUUGAUUGAGGCUGUUUCUGGACAGGACGGGCAAGUGGAGGAAGAAGUCCUUGCAGCCAUUGCAAUCUUGCGACAGUAUGAAGAAAUGGACGCCGACGACAAGGAGCUCCAUCUCACUGGGACCUCCCGAAUUGUCAAUUCCAUGUCUGUAUUUGACUUCAAUGGAGGCUUGGGCGAGGCGGCUGCGUGGCUGUGCCUCAGAGAAGACAUCUACAUCUCGUUGACCAAGCAGCGGCCACUAAAGACCGACCUAGAGACGUUCCUGCAAUCGAAUGUAUUCAGGAAAGGAGAUGAUGCCGCGUAUGCUAACCGGAUGGUGUUCUUGCUAGCCAAGGCACUUGGCUGCGCAUUUUCUGCUAAUGAGCAAUGCUCAACGCAAAGCCUGGAGAGCAUCAGUGCUGAAGUUGACGCCUGGUUUGACUCGAAGCCUGCUGCGUUUAACCCGAUCCACGAAGAGCGACGGAGUCGACCCGAUGGACGAUUGUUACCUGAGAUUUGGGUUCUGUCUCCAUUUCAUGCGGUCGGGUUGCAGUACUAUCAUAUUGCGAAAAUCAUCCUCGCCAUGUCAACUCCUAUUCUAGCGGCGUCUGUGUACGACCACAUCAGAAUGGGCAAAAAGGUAGAGCAAAUUGUUCGACACCACCUCCUCCAGGUAAUAGCUCUGGCUACCUCCAACUCCAGAGGAGAGAACACUCUGUUCACUGCGAGGCACUCGUUGUCAGUGUGGGGUGGUGUCUUUGGAGACAAAGAAGAUCAAGCGAUGGUUCAGGAUUUCCUCGACUAUGUACAGCAAAAAACCGGGUGGAAUACUAUGCUUCUUCGCUCGUCGCUCAGUGAUCAAUGGGCACAGGAUGGCGAGCCAAACGGCUAA